AAAGCUACACGUCUCAUAAUCUUUUUUAACUCCAGUAGCAUAUAAGAGACUUUCGAGUAAUUUGGUUCACACAUAUAUUGUUCUCCUACUGGAAAAGACAGAAAAACAGGUCCAAUGAAAACUCUUGUUAUGAAAAUUCUUUUGAUGACGACCCUGUUGUUAGGCGUCGUGUCUCCAGUUUUUCUUCUGGAUAGCAGCGAAACGAGUAUCGACAAUGACACUACUAUCGACUAUAGAUUGCCAAAAAAUUCAGUGCCAAUUUCAUAUACGAUCAAUUUGAUACCGUAUAUCGUCGUUGAUAAUUUUAUAUUCGAUGGAGAAUCUACGACUGAACUUCAGGUUCUAAAAGCAAGUUCUUCGAUAACUCUUCACAUUCUAGCACUUACUAGAGACGAGAGUCCUUGGUGUCCAGUGCUAAUGUAAACUACAAAAUAGCCAAUCGUACUUACGAUAACAUAAAACAAUUUUUGAUUUUGAAUUUCGCGACCGAUUUGCCGGCUGGAAAUUAUACACUGUAUUUGAAGUACGUUAGUAUCCUGGACGGUAAAAUUUUCAAUGGUUUCUAUAGAAGUUCUUAUACCAACGACUAUGGUGAAACUGUAGUACGUUUCCAGCUGGUUGGCUGCCACAAAAUUUGAAGCAACCUCAGCACGUCAAGCUUUCCCCUGCUGGGAUGAACCUGCGCUCAAAGCUACCUUUACUAUUUCUAUUGAGCACGAUGCUAACUACACGGCGUUAUCAAAUAUGCCAGUUGCCGGACAAUCGGCUAUCGACAAGAGUGAUAACAAAUUAUGGACGACUUUCGAAAUAAAACCCAUCAUGUCUACAUACUUGGUGGCUUUUGUAGUUUCGGAUUAUGGAUACGUCACUAACGACGACGCAACAUUCAAAGUUUGGACUCGCAAAAAUGGUCUUCGUGCUACGGCUUAUGCAUUGGCUCUAGGAGAGUCAGCAUUAGCACGUUUAGAAGAAUACACAUCGAUUUCAUAUACUCUUCCAAAAAUGGAUCAAAUUUCUAUCCCAGACUUGAGGACUGCUAUGGAAAACUGGGGCUUGGUUACCUACAGGCGGAAGACAAUUGGCGCUUCAUGGAACAAUUUGUACUUCGCGCUGUACAAGAUAGUGCCUUUAUAAUAGAUUCUUCCGAAACCGCCCGUCAGAUUUCCCUGCGGAAAAUGGAAUUCCGCAGACCGGGGCUUCCCUUAAAAC